GAUUAAUAUGCAAACUCUCCAACAAAAAAAAAGUUAUUUUAUGCUUUAGCACUAAAUAGCUUCUUCACCGACGGUUUGCUCUUCCUCACUCUGCGACGCGUUCUCUCAAUCACUGAAUCACUCACUCUCUCAACAAACCCCAAAGAGCUAACCUUUCUUCGAUUCUCCCUCUUAGCCAACGCUCGAGAACAUAUUCACAACCCUAAAGUUCCCACCUUUGCCCAGAUUCGCCGAGAUCUAAUCCCUUCUCCCCCGAUUCGAUUUCAAUUCAAUAUGCCGACGAACGACGAAGAAACCGCGAAUCCAAUCACAACAGAUCCAAAGCACGAGACUUGGCGCAGCCUCCUCCUCCGCCAAGCCUCCGUCUACGGCGUCGCCGCCGGCUACUGCAUCUCCGCCUCCCUCCUCUCCAUCAUCAACAAAUGGGCCAUCACCAAGUUCCCCUACCCCGGCGCCCUCACCGCUCUCCAGUACCUCACGAGCUUCGCCGGCGUCGUCCUCUCCUCCCAGCUCGGCCUCGUCGAGCACGACCCGUUGACCCUCUCCACCAUGUGGAGGUUCCUCCCCGCGGCGAUGAUCUUCUACCUCUCCCUCUUCACCAACAGCGAGCUCCUCCUCCACGCCAACGUCGACACCUUCAUCGUCUUCCGCUCCGCCGUCCCCAUCUUCGUCGCCGUCGGUGAAACCCUCUUCCUCCACCAGCCGUGGCCUAACGUCAGGACCUGGGGAGCUCUGGCCACGAUCUUCGGAGGGAGCUUUCUUUACGUCUUAACCGAUUAUCAGUUCACGGUGGCUGCGUACGCUUGGGCGGUGGCGUAUCUUGUCUCUAUGACGAUAGACUUUGUGUACAUCAAGCACGUGGUGAUGACGAUUGGGCUGAACACGUGGGGGCUCGUGCUUUAUAACAACCUCGAGGCGCUUCUUUUGUUUCCGAUCGAGUUGCUUAUAAUGGGGGAGUUGAAGAGGAUUAAGCACGAGAUUACGGUAGAGUCUGAUUGGUAUGAGAUGGAAGUGGUGUUGCCUGUGGGGCUGUCGUGUUUGUUUGGCUUGGCGAUUUCCUUUUUUGGAUUCUCGUGUCGGCGAGCUAUCUCCGCGACGGGGUUUACGGUUCUUGGGAUUGUGAAUAAGUUGCUGACGGUUGUGAUUAAUUUGGUGGUGUGGGAUAAGCAUUCGACGUUUGUGGGGACUUUGGGGUUGUUGAUUUGUAUGUUUGGUGGGGUUAUGUAUCAGCAGUCGACUGUCAAGAAACCGACACAAGAAGCUAAACCGCAACAAGAGCAAGACGAGGAAGAAGAGAAGUUGCUGGAGAUGGCGGAGAACAAGGAGAGUAGUGACAGCAUUGUUGAAGUAAAGGAGGGUGUGAAGUCAGAAGAGGAAGUAUGAAUCAUAUCCAUCUAGUGAAGAUGUUUUUUUUUCUGGUUUAUUUUUUCUGAGUAAAGAACUAUAUUUGUAGUUAGUGGUUAUGCAAUUCUUUUGUAACUAGGAGGUAUAAGAGUGCUGCUUUAUUUUUGUGGUUGAAGUAAGAACAUGCUCCAGAAGUGGAAUAAUAUUGUUUUCUUGUUUACAUU